GUACAUCAAGAGACAAAGAGCAGCAACAUUAAAGAGAAGAUGUAUUAACUAGUAGAGAAAAAAAGGAACAGAUUUUGAAGAAGCCCUUUUUAUUUCCAGGGUUGAUUACAACUACACUUUUAAGAUGACCACUAACACAAACUCUUCUACAUCUUUCCUAAAAUCUAGAACAAGAAAUUCUAGACCACAGGACAGUUAUCUAAGUGAAUUAAAUGAGGACUUGAAAAUAAGAAAACGAGAGUUGAUGGAGAUACUGAAACCCCUGGAAGAGAAGAAUGGCACCUUACUCCAGAACUUAAUGACUAAUUUAGAGGAAAAACAAAAAAGUCUGCAGAUCAUGAGGCAGAUCAUGGCUGAGAAGGGGGGUGAUUCUGAUGAUACCAUAGUCCUGGAGAUGAUCGAGGAAGCCGAAGAGUUAAAACAGAACCUGGAAAAAAAAAACAAGUUGCUUCGAAGAGAAAUGGAGUUGCUGUGGAACAAGCAAGCAAUUGAAGAUGAAUAUCGUAUGCGCCAGAAAGCAAUGCUACUCAAAAGCAAGGCAGAAAUGCAGGAGUUAAAGGAAAGACUUCAGAGGAACAAGGAGCAUUUCACUUUUCGAGAUGAGAUCGAUGAUGUUCAGGAACUUCAUAGUAGAGUGAUUGAGGAGAAGAUUGAAGCUCUGACAAAACACCAAAAGACAUCUGAUCUGCAAUUAUUACAUUCUUUAAAGCAAGAUUUGGACAUACCUCAAUUUAACUCCAAACUUCUUAUCAGUCCAAGGUAUUCCAGGCUCACCUGCACUGGGAAGAAUUCAGCUUGUGAUUGUGUCAUUGUCAUCAACUUUCAAGUGGAUCACUUGGUUCAGUCAUUUUUCAAAUUAUGUGAAGAACACACAAUUAAAACUCAUUCUGUAUUAAGUCAGUGUCUUUAAAAGAGAGGUAAGAAUUACCUGUGAUAAUAUUUAUAUGAAAGCAUGUUAGUUGAAGUGUAAAAGUGUAAAUCUUUUCUAAGUUUUUGAAUAUUUGCUUUUAAUCCAGAUAAAGUGAUUUCCUUAAUGUGAUACAAACUGCCUAUGCUGAUAUGGUUUGAUAUUGAAUUGGCUCAAACAAGAGCUAUUAAUAUUUCUUCAAUUAUUUAGAUCUGUCUUAUUUCUAUAAAGAGUAUUUUGUAGUUCUAUUUAUAUAGUUCCAGUGUGGAAUUUGAUAUAUAUACAUUCUGUUGUUAUUUUGAAUGGAAAUUUUUUUCUGUCUUUUGCUGUUGGAUUUUAUUGGUAAUAUA